UCUGUCUCGGUAGUCAGUACACUGAGUGAUUCAACAUGGCUAACGUCAGAGACAGUGAUACUUCAUUGUGGCUACAUAAUAAAUUGGGAACUUCAAAUGAUUCGUGGACAGGUGGAUCAAUUUGUUCUCAGUUAAAUGCAGAAGUUUUGAGAAAUAUUAAGGAUUGUUUUCCUGACCUACAAACUCAAGUGAAACUGAAGUUGUUACUGUCGUUCUUCCAUAUACCUAGAAGAAAUAUUGAAGAGUGGAGAGUUGAAUUAGAAGAAAUCCUAGAGGUGGCACAAGUGGACAGUGAACAGUGGGUAUCAAUGUUGGCAGAAAUGAUGAGAACAAUACCAAGCACAGGCUCUUUUAAUGACGAAAUCUCUGAAAAUGAUGAAAAUAGAAGGAUAUUUUCUGAUCUUGUGAAUGACCUACGUAAGCUGGUGAGAAAAAAUGUUGAUUUGGGAAUGUUACCUUUGGAAUGUCAUUACCUGAAUAAAUCAGCUCUUGUCAGUGUAGUGGGUCAACAGUCACCACCAGCCAAACACUUUACACUGAAGAGGAAGCCAAAGUCAGCAGCUCUGCGGGCAGAGUUGCUACAGAAGUCUGCUGAUGCCAUCAGUAACAUGAAGAAGAGUACAACUCCUACAGUACCUGUAAGGUCCCGAGGGAUGCCAAGGAAAAUGACUGAUACUACACCCCUGAAAGGGAUUCCAAGUCGUGUGCCUACAGGAGGGUUCAGAUCACCCUCCUUGAACAACCCACUUAUGUCCAGACCAUCGCUGUCUCGUACACCUGCUGGCCGCAAGGAUGGGGGCAUCAAGCUACUUGAUAUAAACGAACAACCUCUGGGAUAUGCUCAAGCCAAGAAACGGAAAAGGAUGCAAGGUAUUUUGGAACACUUAAUCAUAACUUGCUUGCUGUAACAUAAGAGUCAAAAU